CGCAGUCUCCUUUGUUUUCUCUUUUUCUCUCUCCCCCAAUUUCGAAAUUCAUAGUUUCUUCUCUCAGAAGUUUUCCGACAAUGUCGAGUCGUGGAGGCUACGGUGGCGCCGGUCGUGGCCGCGGUGGGCGUCGAUCCGACCAGACGCAGGAGCAGUCCACCGCUCCCGCUUCUUGGCCGCAGCUGCAAACCUCCGGCGGCCGUGGGGGUGUAGUUUCUGGCGGGAGAGGCCGCGGAAACGCCGGACGGGGAAAUACUCCCGUCGUUACUGAAGAUCGAAAGGCGCCGGCGGAUGUUGUUCCCAGUGUCAUCGGAGCGACGGACGUUGCUUCGUCGUCGUCCGUACGGGAGAAACCCAAAGUUUCGGAGUCGGAAUCUGUCUCGUCUCUUAGUCGCGAGUUGGCGGAGAAAGUUCAGAUAACUCCGGCGUCCUCGAAAGCCGUGAUUAACCCGCCGCGUCCAGGGCUUGGUCAAGCAGGGAAGAAAGUCUUGAUUCGUGCGAAUCACUUCCUAGUGCAAGUGGCGGACAGAGAUCUGUUUCAUUACGACGUUUCAAUAACUCCUGAGGUUAUCUCGAAGAAGGUGAAUCGAGACGUUAUGAAAACUCUGGUGGAUAACUUUAAAGAGUCGCACUUGGCGAAUAAGAGUCCUGCAUAUGACGGAAGGAAGAGCCUCUACACUGCAGGGCCACUCCCUUUUGAGUCUAAAGACUUUGUUGUGGAUUUGAAGGACAAGAACGUUGCUGGUGGUUCGUCUAGAAGGGAAAGGCAAUUCAAAGUUGCUAUAAAGCUUGCGUCAAGGCCUGAUCUUUAUCAGCUACAGCAGUUUCUCCGUCAGAGGCAAAGAGAUGCUCCAUAUGACACUAUCCAAGUGCUUGAUGUGGUUUUGAGAGAUCUGCCUUCUCAAAAGUAUGUUACUAUUGGGAGGUCUUUUUUCGACCCUAGUUUGGGAAAAAGGGGUGAGCUUGCUGAUGGUGUUGAGUACUGGAGCGGGUACUUUCAGUCUCUUAGGCUAACCCAAAUGGGUCUGUCUCUCAACAUUGACGUGUCUGCUAGAUCUUUCUAUGAGCCCAUUUUAGUCACGGAAUUUAUCAGCAAGUACCUUAAUCUCAGGGACUUUAACAGACCUCUUACCGACUCUGAUCGUGUGAAGGUGAAGAAAGCUUUGAAGGGUAUAAGAGUUGAAUUGGGUCAAUUUGAGUACGCAAGAAGUGCCAAGAUCAGUGGGAUUUCCAACUGUCCUAUGAGUCAGCUUAGUUUCACUUUAGAAGACAAUUCUCGAAAAACUGUUGUGCAGUAUUUUGCUGAAAAGUAUAACUACAGGGUGAGAUUCCCUUCCUUACCUGCUAUUCAGUCAGGAAGUGACUCAAAGCCUGCUUACUUGCCGAUGGAGCUUUGUAGGAUAGCUGAAGGCCAGCGAUACACCAAAAAGCUCAAUGAAAGGCAGAUCACUGCGAUGCUAAGAGCUACUUGUCAACGACCUAAGGAGAGAGAGGAUUUGAUCAAAGAUAUGGUCAAGAAAAACAACUAUAACAACAUUGAUCUUGUGAGCAAAGAAUUUGGAAUGUCAGUGACUGAUCAGCUGGCUUCAGUUGAGGCUCGUGUCCUGCCUCCGCCAGUGUUGAAAUACCACGAAAGUGGUAAAGAAAAGAUGGUGAAUCCAAGACUAGGACAGUGGAACAUGAUUAACAAGAAAAUGGUAAAUGGAGCAAGAGUUGCUUCUUGGACCUGUGUAAGUUUCUCUACUCGGAUUGACAGAGGUUUGCCUCAAGAGUUCUGCAAACAAUUGAUGGCGAUGUGCGUCUCCAAAGGGAUGCAAGUUAAUCCACAACCUGUUAUUCCCUUCAUAUCUUCUACGCCUCAAAGAAUCGAGGAGACUCUUAGGGACAUCCACACACGGGCACCUGAUCUCCAGCUGUUGAUCAUAAUAUUGCCUGAUCUAACCGGAUCAUACGGAAAAAUCAAGAGGAUAUGUGAAACUGAGCUGGGUAUUGUCUCCCAAUGUUGCCAACCUAACAAUGUCCGUAAACUUGGCAUCCAGUACAUGGAGAAUGUGUCAUUGAAGAUGAAUGUCAAGGCUGGAGGAAGGAACACAGUUCUUGAUGAUGCUAUAAGAAGAAGAAUCCCUCUGAUUUCUGACCGCCCAACCAUAAUCAUGGGUGCUGACGUGACUCACCCGCAACCUGGUGAAGACUCGAGCCCUUCUAUUGCUGCGGUUGUUGCCUCUAUGGACUGGCCUGAGAUAACCAAGUACCGAGCACUAGUUUCUGCUCAAACUCAUAGGGAAGAAAUCAUCCAGGAUCUGUAUAAGCUGGUGCAGGAUCCUCAGCGAGGGCUUGUCCACUCUGGUUUGAUAAGGGAACAUCUCAUAGCUUUCAGGAGGGCUACUGGUCAGAAACCUCAUAGGAUCGUAUUUUUCCGUGAUGGAGUUAGCGAAGGACAGUUUAGCCAGGUUCUGCUUCAUGAGUUGCAUGCGAUACACAAAGCAACAAACUCUCUCGAGGAAGGCUAUCUUCCACCUGUCACGUUUGUGGUUGUGCAGAAACGACACCACACUCGUCUGUUUCCUGCUCAGCACGGUAAUCGCGAUACCACUGAUAAGAGUGGCAACAUACAGCCAGGAACUGUGGUUGACACCAAGAUCUGUCACCCGAGUGAGUUUGAUUUCUACUUGAACAGUCACGCUGGUAUUCAGGGAACAAGCAGGCCUGCGCAUUACCAUGUUUUGUAUGAUCAAAAUGGUUUCACUGCCGAUCAAAUGCAAAUGCUGACAAACAAUCUUUGCUACACGUUUGCGAGGUGCACAAGAUCUGUCUCGAUUGUGCCACCGGCUUACUAUGCUCACUUGGCUGCGUUUAGGGCUCGUUACUACAUGGAAAGUGAGAUGUCUGAUGGAGGUUCGAGCAGGAGCAGGAACACAACCACGAGCACUGCUACAGUUGUUGCGCAUCUUCCUGCAGUCAAAGAUAACGUUAAGGAUGUUAUGUUCUACUGCUGAUGGAUGAUCACUUGUUGGUCUCUCUCUCUAACUACUUUCAGUUCCGGUUUUGGCUGUGAAUAUUUUGAAUGAUUCAGCCAAUAUUUUCUCUUAGGACGUAUUAUGUCUUUUGGUUUUCGACGAUGAUCUGACUUUAGUUUGUCGUUGUGGUAAAAAAGAAAAGGUUUUUUGAUUAUGGUUUUUUUUGUAAGACUACGAUCCGACUCAGAAUUAACAUGUGAAUGAUAUAUUCUGCGUUUGCUUCUAAAAAGUUAUUAUCUCAUUUUUACUUUUCGACUGGAA